AUGGUCCACCCCACUGUCACCUGCUGCAAGACCUCCGGCGCCGGAGAGUGUGUCUGCGCUGCCCAGGCCAAGUGCUCCUGUGGAAAGGAGAGCGCCCUCCACUGCUCUUGCAACAAGGCUUCCACUGAGAACGCCAUCUCUGGACCUCGCUGCUCAUGCCGCGCCCGCCCCGUUGGUCAGUGCACCUGUGAGCGCUCCGUGACCGAGAACAAGGCCGUCUCUGGCGAGACCUGUGCCUGUGGCAGCCGUCCCUCUACUUCUUGCACCUGCGAGAAGGCCGAGGGCGUUGACUCCGCUUUGGAGGUCGACUUCACCACCCGCGCUUAA